GUUCCGAAUGCAGCACCAUUCAACACACAAUGCAAGCCACUCGCAUCGCCUCCAACGUCGCCCGCCGCUCGUUCGCCACUGCUGCUGCUGCGCCCAAGCGCUCCGGUCGUGAUGUCGUCCUCGUCGAGGCCGUCCGCACCCCCUUCCUGACCUCUGGCUCUGAAUUUGCCGAGCUCAUGCCCCACGACCUGCAGCGUAUGGCCUUCAAGGGUCUGCUUGGCCGCACUGGCAUCAACCCCGCCACCAUCGACUACGUCAUUGCCGGUACCGUCAUCCAGGAAGUCAAGACCAGCAACGUUGCACGUGAAGCUGCCAUUGGCGCUGGCAUCCCCCUGUCGGUUCCCGCCAACACUGUCACCAUGGCUUGCAUCUCCUCCAACCUUGCCAUGACCAACGCCGUCAACCUCAUCGCAACGGGCAACGCCGACAUUGUCGUCGCCGGUGGUACCGAGUCCAUGUCGGACGUGCCGAUUCGCUUCUCGCGCAACAUUCGCAAGCGCCUGAUUGCCAGCCGAAAGGUCAAGUCGACUGCCGGCUACCUCGGUCUGCUGAGCGGCCUCAAGCUUGCCGACCUCGCCCCCGAGCUGCCCGCUGUUGCCGAGUUCUCCACCAACGAGGUGAUGGGCCACUCUGCCGACCGCCUCGCCACCGCGUUUGGCGUGACUCGCCGCGAGUCGGACGAGUAUGCCCUCCGCUCGCACACCUUUGCCGACAAGGCCGCCAAGGCUGGCCUCCUCAAGGACGUCCUGUCCGUCAUUGUGCCCAAGAAGGCUGUCACCGUCUCUGCCGACAACGGCGUCCGCGUCUCCACCCCCGAGAAGCUCGCCGCCCUCAAGCCCGCCUUCAUCAAGCCCAACGGCACCGUCACUGCCGCCAACGCCUCCUUCCUGACCGACGGUGCCUCGGCCGCCCUGCUGAUGUCGGCUGACAAGGCCAAGGCCCUCGGCCUCAAGCCCCUCGCCUACCUGCGCGAGCACGUCUACGUCUCGCAAGACCCCAAGGACCAGCUCCUGCUCGGCCCGGCGUACGCCACCCCCAAGGUCCUCGCCAAGGCCGGCCUCUCCCUCAAGGACAUUGACGUUAUCGAGUUCCACGAAGCCUUCGCUGGCCAAAUUCUUGCCAACAUCAAGGCCCUCGACUCUGACUACUUCUGCAAGACCGAGAUGGGUCUCCAGGGCAAGUACGGCGCCCUCGACAUGAACAAGUUCAACCUGUGGGGCGGCUCGCUCUCCCUCGGCCACCCCUUCGGCGCCACCGGUGUCCGUCUUGCCGUCACCGCUGCCCACCGUCUCGCCCACGAGAACGGCCGAUAUGCCCUGGUCGCCGCCUGCGCUGCAGGCGGUCUAGGCCACGCCAUGGUUCUCGAGCGAUUCGAGAAGUUUUGAAGAACAAGAUUCUCCUUUUUUUUUUGAAAACGAACACACACACAAACAAAAAUACUAGCUAGCCAAAAUAAACCUUUGUCAAAUAGA